UCGCUUUAAAAUAGUUUUAUCCGCCACGCCCACUCUAUAAUUCCCACUCAGCUGUUACUGUAAGACACGUUCAGUUUCCACAUGCGUCCAUUCACAAAUCUGCGGCGUUGAACUGUAGGAAAAGUCGCAUUGGGAGUAUCAUCAUCAUCAUCACCACCACCACCACCACCACCACCAUCAUCCUCAUCGUCACCACGCGUCGGAUUAAUCACCUCGUCUGUCAGUUUUGAACAACUUGUUGCGCAGCUGCUAUUUCUAACCUCCUCUGUGGUCCAUCGCUGCAGCGGCCGCUCUGUUAUUUACUCUGAAGAGAAACACGUGAGGAAACCACGUUUCGUCAGAGAUGAGGCUUGACGUCGCGGACCCGUGGGCUCAUUUUACUUUAUUUCUCAUGAAGUCCUGCAGCCUACAGUGAAUUUUUGGGGUCUCUUUAAUAUGAUCCCAGGGACAGGGGAUGCGAGUCAUGAGCUGGACGCGUCCUUGUCACGGACCAGACUGGAGCCACAGCCUCCUCUACCUAACUUUACUCCUGUGGACCAGACGCAUGGAUGCACUGGCUGACUUCUCAAACUACCUGUCCAGGAUCAUCACCAGUCACUCCGCUCACGCCUGUGACGGACAGCCUCUGCGUCUCCACUGUCCGCGUCACUCCACCAUCUCCAUCCAGUCCGCCUUCUACGGGAGCAGCGAGGCGUGGCUGUGCAGAGCAGACCGGGACCCUCCACCCAGAGCCCACAACCACAGCUGUUCAGCUUUUACUGCUCUACAGAAGCUGCUGUCUGAGUGUCAGAGCCACAGAGAUUGCCAGCUACCUGUCAAUCACCUGCUGUUUGGGAAGGACCCCUGUCCCGGCAUUACCAAAUACCUCCAUGUGGACUACAAGUGUAAACCCACUGAACACAAAAGACAUGUAGCAUGUGAGGGAGAGACCAUGGUCCUGCGCUGUAAGCCCCCCAGGGUGCUGAACAUCUAUGCAGCUGUCUAUGGCAGAAGUCUGGGAGAGAGUGACACCUGCCCCUCACACCUGACAAGACCACCCCCAUUUGAAUGUCUCAACCACGAGGCUGUACACUCGGUGUCCAGGUCCUGCUACAGCAAACAGAGGUGCGUUGUUGCCGUCAGCAACCAGACCUUUAGGGACCCCUGCUUUCCAGGAACCAGGAAGUACCUCAGUGUGGUCUAUUCUUGUGUACCACAGACUUUACUAAAGGAAGCAGAUCCGAACAUAUUCAGCUCCACCUCAUCUCCUACUGUGCGCACAGAAAAAGUUUCUCCUGUGGAUCUGGAGAAGCCUUUCUCCAAGGGGUCAAGAAGGCCAAACAACUCAGGAGCUAUGAUGAGCAACUCUCUCCUGACCUAUGCCUACAUCAAAGAGCAUCCAGAAAUGGCGGCGCUGCUGUUCACCUCCAGCGUGUGUGUCGGUCUUCUGCUCACGCUGCUGGCUGUAUCAGUCCGAGUGACCUGCAGAGGGCGCCGGCUCGGAGAUCCCAGACUCGCAUCCAAGUCUCGUAGCCAGACUGCUAACUGCAAGGAGGAGGACGAUGAUGAUGAUAAUGAUGAUGAUGAUGAAGAAGAGGAAGAUGAUGAUGACGCUGAAGGAUCAGAAAGCUCUUUAAUCUCAGCCACAGAGAGGAAGGCAACGCACGCCUGGGAGGAAGUGACUUAUGUGAGCGAGGCGGCCGAGCGGGCAGAGAGGAUUGAGCGCAGAGAGAUGAUCAUACAGGAGAUCUGGAUGAAUGCCUAUCUGAAUGGCAGCACAUGUUAAAUAAACCGUGACCCAUGGGUGCUCUUAAGCACCUUCAGGAUUUUUUCAGGAUACUCCCAGCCUUUGAUUAUUGAUAAAACAAGAAACCUUUUUUAUUACAUUGCGAAGCAGUUUGUUGUGCGUUUUGCCUUUUCUUUUCUUUUUCUUUUUUUUGUUUUACAGGCGCACUUAGUUUGUGAACAAUGUAAUGUUUAAGUAAAAGUGCAGUACUAGCCAUUUUUAAAGGAUCAGCAGGACUUUAUACUGAAAAAUGGGUGGUUAAAUAUUGUAUUUAUUCACAUUCACCACCAAAUGAAGCUAAGAUUUCAGGUGAAAUAUUGUUUACUGACACAAAAAGGUUGAAAUCACUCGUCUUGACACACAGUCACACAGCUGCCACAUUCAUUCAAGAAUAUUACUGUACUGAUCCAUCAUGAUAACUGUAUCAGUGAAAAUGAUAAAUCACUAUAAACCAAAGAACAUGUCAGGGAACAAGAUCUGUCAUAACAACUCCUGUUUGUCUGAAGGGACCAUGAAACACAGUUGCUUUCAUCUCCAAACUCCCUCUGGCUUUUUACCCCAGAAAGGAAAAUCAAUGCUUUUAUAUCACAAACACAUUUGUCAAGGAUCAUAUUUCCUAACUGUGAUAAAAAUGUUUCAUUGAUUUGAAAAAACAAAACAAAACUGACAAAAAAGUGACUGACAAAAAUAGACACACUACAGUGUUUUCCCUACAGUACAGCUACAUUAGCGGUAAUUAAAAUUGGCAGCUGUUCAUUCCAGAAACCCAAGGUAUGUGUUCUAGUUUCACCUGCCACAA